AUGCAAGAAGGGUUGAUUGAUAAUCGAGAUAUGCCAGAGGGAAGAAGGAUCAAAGAUUUAGUAGAGGUAAUAGAAAGGAGAAAAAAAGAGAUAGUAGAACGAAAACCUUCCCAAAAAAAAUCCGAAGCAGAAAAGUUGAAUAAAAUUGGAAAAGAAGCAGUUUUUUUUCAAAAACAAUUAGCAGAAAGAGACAUUAUUUUAGAAGAGGAUAGUUGGGCAAAUAGGGUUUUAGAAAUUAUUGAUGAUAAAAAAGCGAUGGAGGAAAAAGUUAAGCAGGCGGAGGGAAUUUUAGGAUUACAGUUGAAAAAUUUAGAGGAGAGCAGCCCACCUUUAACUAAUCUUUCUGAAACGGUUAAUUUACUACCUAAAAUUGGAAUAAACUUAAAAAAAGGUGAAAAUGGUCGAAACUACUAUGAUGCCGAAAGUCUAAGCAAUAAAUUGACCGAGUUAAUAAGAAAAGAGGAAGAAAAUAAUUCAUUGCGUGAGACAAUUAAAACCAAGGGAGAAGAAAUAGAACAACUUAAAAAUGAUUUAGAUGUUGUAAAGGGGGAAAAAGAAUCAUUAACUAUUUUUUUUUCCAAAAAAGGCAAAGAUGAAAAAGUUGCAGGCUGGGAGAAAAAAAAUAAAGAAUUAACCAAUUCAUUAAGUAAUGCUCAAAAAGAAGUUGAAGACUUGCAAAAAAUAAUUGCUGAAAAUGCUAAUAUAGCAAACAAAGAAGAGCAAGAGGACUUAGAAGCAAUAGCCAGAAAUUUAGGAAUAGAAGAGCGGGAAGUGAAAGACAAGCCAGUUGAGGAAAUACAAAAAAUUAUCAAAGAAAAAGCCGAGCAACUUCAGAGGGUCAAAAAUAAAGUUGAAGAAUUACCAAACUUGAUAAAUGCAGAUGGGAAAGUUAGUGAUGAUAAACUAGAAAAAUUAAAAAAAUUAAUUGAAAACCGUGAAAAUACUGCCAAAAGAAUUAGCGAAUUAGAAAAAGAUACGGCGAAAAAACUAUCCGAGGCGGAAAAAGUAUUGACCGAUGAACAAACUGAACAUGAAAAAACUAAAACCGCCUUAAAUGCUGCCAACCAGGACAAAGAUAAGGCUAAUCAAAUUGUUGAUGAGGCAAAGGAAGCAUUAGGAACGGGAACAACCAAUCCUGAGGCGGCUAAAACUAAAAUAGAAAGUUUAGACCAAGCCGCCCGAGAGGCUAAUGCGGCUCAAGCCAAAGCAGCCACUGCCAAAACUAGAUUAGACCAAGCCGAAAAAGACCGCGAUGCCUACUUAGCAGCAUUAAACAAAGCACAAGAUAAACAAGAUAAACAAGAUAAAUUAAAUAAUCUUAUCGACCCUAAAGAUUUAGAUCAGAAAAUAAAAGAGGUGCGAACCGAAUAUGAAGGAUUUAUUAACCCUAAAAAUAUUACCCCGACUCGCCAAGAAGCCGGAUUAAAAACUGAGGACGAAGUAAAUGUGGAGUUAGAUAAAAUAGCCCAUCAAUUAGGUUUAGGCAACCAUAAUGAUUUAACCGAUAUUAAUUUAGCAAAUCUUCAAGCCGCAGAAAAGGAAAGAAAUAAUGCCCGCCGUUCCUUACGAACCGAUAAUCUAAACACUCUUCCGCCGAUACCCGCCGGUGAAACCCUUCAAACUUUACUGGAACGACCCACUCAACCAGAACUAGUGGAAGCGGUUAACAACGCUCGCCAGCAGGAGGCUGAAAAGUAUACUAAUCACAUUGACCCCCAUAAUUUAGAAGCGGAAGCUAAAAAGGCUGGUUUUGGCUUUACUCAGCAAGAUAUUGAUGAGGCAGAGUAUAAAAAAACAGAAGCAGCACUCACUAAUGCUAACAAUACCAUCGUGACUGCCCAAAAACAGUUAGAAAAUUUACAAAACCAGUUAGCAACUAAAUUAGGGUAUAAUAGUCGUCCCGACACCACUAUUGAGAAUUAUAAUCGUAUUUUAAAUGAUCAAAAACCGGGUGAUUACGAUGAAAUUAAAAAUGAACUGGAAAGACCGGAUAUUCCGAUUACUAAACAGGAAUGGGAAAAUGAUUAUAGACAAAGACCGACCCCAGAACAGUUAACCCAAGCAGUUCAAAAAGAAAAAGAUAAAUAUUCAAAUCAUAUUUCUCCGGAAAAAUUAACCACUGAUUACAUAGCCAAAGAUAAAUUAGAGGAAGAAGCAAAAAAACAGGGAAUGGUUCCGAAAGAGGAUUAUGAUAAAGUAGUUAGGGAAAAAAAUGCCCGACCUGACAUUACCAAAGCAGACUGGGAAAAUGAUUACAGUAAACGACCAAAGCAAACUGAUUUAGACCAGGCCAACAAGAUAAUUCAAGAUUAUGAGAAUGAUUUAAAAAUUAAGUUAGGGUUGAAAAACCGACCUACUUCGGACAACUCUGGCGAAAUUAAGACCAUUUUAGGAUUAGGCUCUACGGAUAAUUUACCAAAUGAUUGGCAAAAUCAAUUAGUCAAAAAAGAUGACUUAGUGAAAAAAGAAAAUGAAAAGGCAAAAACGGUCGAUGAUUUACAAAGGGAACUGGAUGAUUUAAGGUCUAAGCCAGCAGGUACAGCCCUUACAGCCGAACAGGAGAAGAAAUUAAAUAAUUCAAAAAAAGCAGCAACAGGUGAUAAACUAACCGGCAAACUGGAAAUUAAAAAUUAUCCAGUCUUGACAGAGAUUGAUCUCGGCGAUAAUGAAAUAACCGAAUUAAUCAUUCGUAAUUGUCCAAAUUUAAAAAAAGUAAAUGUUAAAAACAAUAAAAAACUUAAAUUACUGAAACUUGAUGAAAUAAAUUUAGUAAAUGGUUCCUCAGUUGCUAAUAAUCUAAUUAAGGGAUUUGAAGAACUAGUUUCCCUUGACAGAAUUAUUAAAGAAAAUACUCCAAUUAGAUAUCUCCUUGAAGACAAAUUGAAAGGAUAUCAAGAAGCCAAAGAAGUGGUUAAAGAAAUAAUUGAUUUAACUCCGGAUGGAAAAUUGCCAGACUCAGUAAAAACCAAUGGGAAGUUAGAUAAAAAUAAAUUAAGGAAUGAGUUAGAAAAGAUGAUUGUCGAAACUAAGACCCCCCAAUUAAAAACCGACAAAGAAAAUGCUGAAAAAGAACGGGAUGCAGCCAAGACUGAGUUGAAAAGCACUAAAACCGAACACGACCAAUUAAAACAAGAAUCAACAAAAAUAAGGAGUGAAUUAGGUUUAGGAGAGAAUGCAACCUUACAGCAAAUUUUGGAUGAAAUAAACAAAUUGAAGAAUAGACCAACCAAUGGUCCAGUUUGUACCCAUAAUGAUUAUGAUGAUAUAAAGGCUGAACGAGAUAGAUUAAAAACCGAAAAUACUAAACUAAAGGAUGAAAAUAAAGAGAAUGCAGAUAUAGAUGUAAUUACUAAGAAG